GCGACAUAUUUGUAGUUGUACAUGUAAACAAUGCGCACGUGUGUAGGGAAGAUUUAAAAACAACUCAGCUGCGGUCGCGCAAUCGAAUCGGAGCCGGAGCCGUCCCGCCAGCUGAUGGAGCGGCGGGAAUCGGAUCGAGCGCGAGAGGACUACUGGUACUUGAUAUAUUUUUAUGGAGCAUGCAGGACCCAUGAGCGCACAAAGGAGAGCUCAGACUUGGAUCUGCUACACGUACACAAGACUGGAUGCUGCCGUGUUAGUGAACGUUAUAGUUCUAAAUAUGAAAACCAUGUGAUCGGGUAAACCCAUUACUAAACUAGAUCUAAUUCUAAGUUUCACCUGUUGCUUAGCCUUAGUUUACUCUGACUGAGUCUGAGAGACUGAGUCUGAAAGACUGAGUCUGAGGCUGAGCUUCACUGACUGAGCUCUAGCUAACAAUAACAUUAAUGCGUGUGGCACAUUUCAUUUGUGGAGCAAUGUCAAUGAGAAGAGCUGUGAUGACGUCGCCAUCUAGUGCUGAUUUGGUCCUGUCCCCUUACUUUCAGGGAAGAGCAACUAGAUCCCAAGCAAGAAAAUUAGGCUCUUUGAGUUUGGGUAAAGCCAAAGCCAUAGACAAAGGCAGUACAAAUACAAGACGCCAGGAGUCUUCACACAAUGUCAAUGGACCAUUUCAUCAUGAUGAAACAGGAAAUAGGGAAGAAACUCAAAGAACUAGACCAAAUGCUAAACAGAGACAUGUGAAGAUUGCGUAUGAAUCCUCAACAACAGGUGUCCCUGCAGUCAAGAAGGCAAAAGUUCAGACUUCGGAAAAGAUUCUAGAAAGCCUAAAAGUCACUGAACCAUCUGAAACUUUAGAAAACAGUUCCAAGAUGACGAAUAGUAGGAAACAGAAGUUGAGUCAUCAGAACAAAAAGUCCAAAAAGAAGAGUAUGGUUGAUGAGGAAGAAGGUGGGAACUCGUCAAAGGCAGGUGUAAGGGAGAGAAAGACAUUGGAUGCCUUGCCUGAGGAUGCCCAACCCCAGGAUGAGGUGAUGAAGGUUGUUUGGGAACCAGUGAUGUGGAAAGAACAGCUGGAAAACAUUCGUGAGAUGAGGAAGAACAGAGAUGCACCAGUUGACAGCAUGGGAGCAGAGAAGAUUUGUGACUCUUCUGCAGCUCCCGAGGUGUACCGCUACCAUGUUCUCCUGUCGCUUAUGCUUUCCAGUCAGACGAAGGAUCAAGUUACCUCUGCUGCAAUGACCAAGCUGAAGAAUCAUGGUCUGACCGUCAAUAACAUCCUCAAGACCCCUGAAGCCAAGAUUGGGCAACUCAUUUAUCCUGUUGGUUUUUGGAAGAGGAAAGCAGAUUACAUCAAGAGAACCACACAGAUCUUGAAGGACCAGUACCAAGGGGACAUUCCUCCAACUCUGAAGGAACUGGUCCAACUUCCAGGGGUUGGUCCUAAGAUGGCCCAUAUCAUCAUGGAUGUGGGAUGGAACCAAGUCACAGGGAUCGGGGUGGACACCCACGUCCAUCGCAUCAGUAACAGGCUCAAGUGGGUCAAAAAAGAGACGAAAGCUCCUGAAGACACCAGGGUGGCACUGGAGGAUUGGCUUCCGAGGGAUAUGUGGAGUGAGGUCAACGUUCUUCUUGUUGGAUUUGGCCAGCAGACAUGUCUACCUGUGGGACCAAAAUGCUUUGAGUGCCUUAAUAAGGAUAUCUGUCCUUUUGGUAAGCAAGAGAUCAGAAGAAAGAGCCCUGUCAAAAAGAGUCCUGUGAAGAAGUAAUAAAAUAGAGGAUCUCUCCAAGAGAGAUCCUCUCUUGGAGAGAACUGGUUAAUCUGUUGACUACUGACUUAUGUAAUUCCCAUAGGUUUUGUACAGGGAACACAGGGUUCCAGUCAUGGCCCUGGGAAGCGUGAGUGCUUGGGUGCUGAAGCAACCCCUGAAGCACCCCCAAGAUUUUCCUUGGGGGUGCUGCAUGUAUUAUUUUCCAUAGGCAGCACCCCCAAGUAUUCUGGGAGGUUUGUAAAAAUGAAAAAUCAUAACUAAAAUGACCUUUAUUUUUACAGUGAAACCAUUUUUUUUCUCUUACUUUUCAAAUUUCUGGGGACCAAUUUGACCUCCAUUUUUAAAAGCUUUUUUUUUUUGGGGGGGGGGGGGGCUUUUCAAAUUUAUAUCAGCACCCCCAGUGAAAAAAUUUGUUUCCAUGGCCCUAGUUCCCGUAGUUUCAGGGUUAUUCCUUUAGAGACUGGAUGAUAAAGUGUGUGAAAGUAAAACUUGAAUUGGAUUGCGAGUGUGACAGGUUUUGUAGUAUAUUCUUUCAGUGUCUUCAACUCGGGCCUUUCUACAUUGAUCUUGUGAGAUUAUCUUUUCCAUGGUAUCGAUUUGGAAAAGCAAAGAGGUGAUUGAUCAUAUAUAGGGUUUGUAUGAUAUUUGCACAUAAUGAUCAGUGCAAGCAAUCGUAAAAUCAACUCAAACAAUCGCUAAUGUGUUGCAGGAGCGAGAUCUCAAAAUUUUGAAGAUAGGUGCAGAUAGUUCUCAAUUAUUCAUCAGAAAAUGUCAUUUGCAUGAAAGUGUUUUCUGAACGAUACAAACUAAACAGCUCUUCACUGUCAGUGUAAUAAUCAUCAAAGGUGAAAUUGAAUAGCCCAAAGACUUGAGUGAUAUUUGGCUUGAGCCUACGAUCAGCACAGUUUUGUGAAAGUGAUUUUAGGACCCAAAUUUCAUUCAAAACCAAAGAUUAUUUUAACCACUAAGUUGCCCUAAAUUCACUUUAAAAAAAAGAUGGUUAUAAUAUGACUGACAACGGUGUGAUUAACAUUUACCCAUAAUGAGGUCUUACUCCCACACCCUUCUAACCCCCCCCCCUCCCCCCCCCAAAAAAAAGGGCCCCCAUAAAAAUCCCUGACACUUAACUGAAUAAGGAUAUCCUAUAAGAUGAUGCUUUGAUGUAACUAUUUAUGGCUAUGUUUUGAAAUAAUUUUGAUAUGUAAUGAUUCAAGGGAUAUAUGUGUGUGGAAUUUUUAGCGCAUGUUUUCAUUAUUUGAUAAAACUAUGGAUUAAUUGUGAUCAAUCAGUGCACAAAACUACAAGUUAAUUUUUCAUCUAAAGAAUUGUUUCACUCUUGAUGGUCUCUUUUUAAAAUGUCAGUUUUUUAAAGAGUAUUUUGGGAAUGUUCUCCCUCAGAGAAAGAUACUUUAGGAGUGAAAACCCAGGUAAUUAACAUGUUCACCACUGGCAAUACAUCAGAAUUCUGUGUCUUUCUAUAACUUACAGUAGUGCAAAGGUGUUAUCUUAGUGAUAUCAUAUUUCAUUUUUUUAUUAUUCUUUAUCAAAGUUGAAUUACAUCUACUAAAGUAUCUCAGAAAUCUCUGCUUUCAUUGAAUCAUUACAGUCAUUUGAUUGCUUCCUACAUGUCGUAAGUUACUUUGUUAAAAGGUUAUAUUUUUUAAGUAUGAAAAUUGUUGAAUAUUACACACAUAUAUAUGCACUUAAUAGAUUCCCACAUUUUUUUGCUGAAAUUAGAAACCUUAGAAAUCCUAGUGAAUCAUCUGUCUCUUUUGUCUGUAUCAACAUCUGAGAGGAUUAGUUAGACACCUCUUUCAUAAAGGAAACCUUGAUAAAUAGAUAUAAUCCCUGAGGUAUUCAGGGAAAAAAAGAAAGACAAUCGUUACUAUUACUAGCAUACCCCCAAAGUGUUGACUGUAAUGUGCUUAAAGUGAUUAUGGUGUUAUCUGGAAUGUAUUUUUCAGUUAACAUAACAUUGAAAUCAGGCUAAGCGGGAGAUCUUUUGAUGAAGGCAAAAUUACCCAGCCUCACCAAUGAUGCACCCCCCGCCCUGCUUAAAGUGAAAGAAGAAUACAAACCAAAUGAAAAUUCAGAGAAGUAGAAAAGUGAAAGAGUUAACAAAAUUGGACAAUCAAUGAAAAAAGAAGCUUUGAAUGUUUAAAUGUUGUUGUAUUCUUUUUACUUAUUCAGAUUUAAACUCGCAAUGUAGAUAAUGCCAUAGUGCUAUUUAUAAGGAAGGAAAAUAACUCUGCUUGUCCAAUGCUCACAUCCUUUUCUUUGUCUUUUUCAUUGUCAGAACAUAUAUUUUUCUCUUAUGAUGACACAUUCUGUAUGUUAUAUUUUGAUUAAUGCCCCAAGAGAAAAGGUGCUAAUGAUGAAAGUAUGGGCAUGGCUACCAAGUGUCACAAUGUACUAACCAAAAUGCCAAUUUCAUAUUUACCAUCUUACUGAUCUAAUUUCAUUCCUCUGAUUUAUUUCAAAAUGUCCAUUAUUCCAUUUUUUCUUUUUAUGUGAUUCGUUACAUUACCAAGGUUAUACCCCCUUUGGCCCCUUUUAGAUGUUCUGUUCAAGGAUCUGCAACCAUUGCGCAAUACAUUGAUUGUUUCAAAGUUUUGACCAGGAUGAAAGCUUUCGAUUUUGUCACGAGCAACACAUACAAGUAAUUCCCCCAAUAUGUGUUUUGUUUUCAUUGACAAUAAAAAAUAUUGUAUUUCAUUUUUCAUGUGCAUUCUACACAUCAGUGACACAUAAGUUCAGCAUGAGCAAUUAAACAAAUUGAUAUGUAGAAUUUAUAUAGCUCACAUUUGAUGUCAC